AUGGCAUCUUCUAAAAAUCUGGAUUCACUAUUGACCAAUCCUCUUUUAUCUGAUCAGUCAUAUAAUGAACAACACGAUGAAGUAUUAUCAUCAUUGACGACUAUUGUAACGAUUCCUAAUUCAACGCUGCCUAUGUCUAUUAUUUCAUCAAUAAAGAAUAAAGAUGAACCGAAUAAAUUAUCAAUUGAAAACCGAAGGUUGACAAGCACUAAUCUAAUGGCUGAUGUAAGUCGCCGAUUACGACUAAGAAAAAUAACACAUGAUCGACUUUGUAAAAUAAAUAAUAUCAUGUGUUUUCUUGGUCUUUUUGGUGUUCUUCUUAUGAUCAUCGAAAAUGAGAUUAAUUUUAUGAAUGUUUAUGAAAAAGAUAUAAUUAGUUGGAUUAUUAAAUUAAUAAUUACAAUUACAACAGUCAUUCUUGUUUGUCUUGUAUUUUAUUACCAUCGUUUAGAUUUAUAUCUUUAUUUCAUUAAUAAUGAAAUUGAUAAUUGGAGUAUUGAUUUAACAAAUAAGAAAAUAUUUCCAAUUCUAUUUGAAGUAUUCAUUUGUUUUAUACAUCCUGUUCCUCGAUUCUUUUCUUUGAAUUGGAGUUUACGACAUGAUAAUUCAACAAUAUUUGAUUCAUCUAAAACAACUUCUAUGUCCCCAUCUCAUAUAGAUAUUGAUGUUGUACUUAGUUUAUUAAUGUUUGCUCGUUUUUAUUUGGUGUGUCGUUUUAUUUUAUUUCACUCUUCUUUAUUUCGGGAUGUAUCAUUUCAAUCUUUGGGUUAUCUUAAUGAAGUAUCCAUGAAUUUUUUCUUUCUUAUUAAAAUUUAUCUUGAACAAUGGCCAACCCGUUGUUUAUUAUUAUUUUGUGGAUUUCUCUUUUCUAUUGGUAGUUGGUCACUACGGGUAUGUAGUUAUACAAAGACAACAGAACCUUUAUCUAUUCUUGAUUCAAUGUGGUUAUUUAUUGUCACGUUUACUACUAUUGGUUAUGGAGAUUUAACACCAUCGACCUAUUGUGGACGAAGCGUUGCUGCUAUCAUUGGUCUAACGGGUGUUUUGUCCACUGCUCUUCUCAUUUCUGUUCUAGCAGAAAAACUUCAGUUAACUCGAUCAGAAAAAUACGUGCAUAAUUUUGUAUCAAAUAUGGAAUUGGCAAAAGAACGCAAUAAUCAAGCAGCUAAUGUCAUUAAAUUUGCAAUAAAACUUUGGUAUUUGAAACAAACACAUCGAUCUACAUCGACUGAAUAUAUCAAAACAGAACGAAAAUUAAUUCGAUCAAUACGUUUUAGUCGAAAAUUGAAACAAGAGCAAGGAAAAUUAAUUGAUAAUUGUAUUGGAUUACAAGAAAUAAUAACGAUACAACGAGAAACUAAUAGUAAAAUAGAAGAAAAUGCAGAACAAUUAAUAAUAAUGAAAUUGCAAGUCGAUAAAAUUGAUGAGAAUUUUGUUAAUAUAAAUCAUACAAUGAUAAGUAUACAAAAAACACUUAAUCUCUUAUUGAUUGGAAUGUCACAAGAAAAGAAAACUUUUUAA